AUGGCUCACGAAAGACAGUUUGACCACCUCAAAAUCUCAUUACAAAGUAUAAAGUUAACAACCAACAAUUUUGCUACAGAAAAUUUGAUUGGCCAAGGUGGAUUCGGAAAAGUUUAUAAGGGAGUAAUCGACCAUUCCUUGGGCCAAGACGCCAAGGUUGCUUUGAAGCGUUUAGAUCGUGUGUUUGGGCAAGGAGACCCCGAGUUUUGGAAAGAGAUUAUGUUGCUGUCCUUAUACAGACAUGAAAAUAUAGUCUCUCUCUUAGGAUAUUGUGACGAUUCGGGUGAGAAGAUCCUAGUGUACGAGUAUGCAUCCAAUAAAAGCCUCGACUUUUAUAUCAACAACAAGGAACUAACAUGGGUUCAACGUCUUCGAAUAUGUUUAGGGGCGGCACGUGGACUGGCAUACCUACAUGCUCCUAGUGAUACCCAACUUAGAGUAUUGCAUCGCGAUAUUAAAAGUUCUAAUAUAUUAUUAGACGACAACUGGAAUGCCAAAAUCUCGGAUUUUGGUCUCUCCAAAUUUGCUCCUGCUAACAAAGAUUUCACAUUUCUUAUCUCUAACGUUGUUGGCACAUUUGGUUAUUGUGAUCCGCUCUAUAUAGAAACGGGCUUAUUAACAAAAGAGUAA